CCCACCUUUUUCUCUUUCUUUCUCUCUCUAAAUCAGCGCACAGUAAAUUUAGCCCAAUUUUUUCCCACCCUCUAAAUUCGCCUUUCUUUGAUUCUCUCUUGUCUUGUCGUCCAUCGAUCCGACUGGUGAGGUUUAUUUUUGUAGGGAUCGGAGGUGGAUUAGGGAAAUUGGGGGUGAUUAAUUGAGGAAUUUUGAGGUGAAUUAUAAUUACAAGGAUUCGAAGAUGUUUUUGUUGGAUUGGUUCUACGGAAUAUUGGCCUCGCUAGGACUGUGGCAAAAGGAAGCUAAGAUCUUGUUUCUGGGCCUCGAUAAUGCCGGCAAAACCACCUUGCUUCAUAUGUUGAAAGAUGAGAGAUUGGUUCAACAUCAGCCAACGCAGUACCCGACGUCUGAGGAGCUGAGUAUUGGCCAAAUUAAGUUUAAGGCUUUUGACUUGGGAGGCCAUCAGAUCGCUCGCAGAGUCUGGAAAGAUUAUUAUGCCAAGGUGGAUGCAGUUGUUUAUCUCGUGGAUGCUUAUGACAAAGAAAGGUUUGCAGAAUCAAAGAAAGAGCUGGAUGCUCUUCUCUCUGAUGAGUCCUUGGCAAAUGUCCCUUUCCUUAUUCUGGGGAACAAGAUAGACAUUCCUUAUGCAGCUUCUGAGGACGAGCUGCGUUACCACAUGGGCCUGACAGGCAUCACUACUGGAAAGGGCAAGGUAAACUUGGCAGACUCAAAUGUCCGUCCCCUUGAGGUCUUCAUGUGCAGCAUUGUGCGCAAAAUGGGUUAUGGAGAAGGCUUCAAAUGGAUGUCUCAAUAUAUAAAGUAGUGGGCUUUAGUGGGGGUGAGAAAGAGAGCUGUUUUUUCUUUUAAAAUGUAACUCCUGCCAAAAUGGAGUAGAACAUGUGUGUCUGGAAGUACUACUGGAUAUUCUCAGUUUUUGGUGAAAUGACAUACAGACGUAACUACGUCAUUUAGUAUUACUAUCAAUGAUUGAUGCUUGUCUAUCAGAGAAGAAUGCUGCAAUGUUUUUGCCUCUUGUAUUUGUUAUUGUUCUCGAGGAUUUUGUUAGCUUUGCCAAAAAA